AUGAAUUUAAUCAACAUUUUCUGUUUCAUUUUUCUGACUACGUAUGCCCGUGCCUCAAGCGAUGAAACUCUAACGACAUCGACGGAUCUCACCAUAACAUCUACGGACGGAAUCACUACAGAUACCACCCCGUAUGAGACGACUUCUUAUAUAAGUGACCGGUUUGACGAGUCCAGUACAAGUGACGCUGCAUAUACUACAGGAGAUUCCUUUUCAGACAGUAUUACAUCGACAACCCUUUCGUACGACAGCAUCUCAACCAUUGAAACUCAAACAACUACAGAGACUUCUACAGACGUGCCUGAAGACCAAAUACCAGGCAUUAUUGAUCCAAGCGUUAUUCCUCGUGGAAACUUCGGCACUGAUUCGACACCGAAACCUUUGGAACCGUCGAGUGAUGGGAAGGGCCACGAAUUAGAAAUACCAGAAGAGAAAGAAACAGAUGUGGGAAAAAAGAAAAUAAUCAACACUACUAAUCCAAGUAUUCUUAGACCUGAAGACAGUGAUAAGAGCGGUGACUUCGAAAUAUCGAAGGGGGGUAAUGUCGAUGCCAGCAAUACAGAAAAAAAUAUGAAAAUUACUGACGCAGGCAAUGGCUCGGAAACAUCAAAGGGGAAUGAUAACGUUGUCAGCAGUACAGAAGAAAAGAUGAUAAAUACUAAGACAGGCACUGAAUCGAAAGUAUCAAAAGGAAAAGCUGCUGGUAUACUGGUGGCUUCGUGUAUACUGGCUGUGGUGAUAAUAUGGAUCAGUAAGAUGGUAUACACUCGGUACCAGUCGAGAACAUAUGAUGUAAGGCAUGGUAUAGAAAUGCGAAAUCCA